GUACAUUUUUCUUUUUCUCAUGGACUCUAGAUGCAUUACUUCAUUUCACUCUUCACAUUUGCAUCUCAAAAUCCACAGAAAUGCAAAAGCAAAUCCAUCAUGGACAAGAAAUCUACAUGGGAACACAACAACAACAACAAAUUUUGUCUUUAAAAUGAGCAACAGAAGCUAUCACAAGUACUUGUGCCAUCUCCAUUGGCAACAACAAAAGCCAGUGAUUAGAAGCAAGCACUAUGCUAGAAAGGCACAGAAGUUCUCCAAUGAAUUGAGCAAAGAAACUAGCAAAGUAGCUGAGAAGAAAGAGGGUACUGUUGUUGGUGCAGUUGCUCUUAUCAUUGGUACUAGUAUUGGUACUGGAAUCCUUGCACUUCCAGAGAAAGCCUUCCCUGCUGGAAUUAUUCCAAGUUCUAUAUCAGUAAUAGGGUGUUGGAUUUUUCUCCUCAUUGAAGCCCUUUUGCUGGUUGAAAUAAAUGUGGCUUUGAUGAACAAGAAAAGAAGGAAAAAGGAUGAAAAUGAGUUGGAUGUUAUUUCUAUCAGAACCAUGGCCCAAGAGACACUUGGUGACUGGGGUGGAGCAAUAGCCACUGUUGCCUAUGUUUUCUUGGGAUAUAGUUCCAUGGUUGCAUAUAGUUGCAAGUCUGGGGAGAUUCUUUUCCAACUCAUCAAUCUCCCAGCACCAAUUUCAGGCUCUCUAUUCACUGCUCUCUUCACCAUGCUUGUCUCAAUUUGGGGAACCAAAGCCACUGACAGAGUGAACCAGUAUCUCACUGCUUCCUUGAUUGGUUUAUUGUUGGCUAUUGAGGCGCUAGCUGUUGUUUUUGGGGGGUGGUCAGGAGUUGGAGGCCUUAGUGACUGGACCAAAAUUCCGCCAACCAUACCUGUUAUUAUUUUUUCCCUUGUGUUUCAUGAUAUAACCCCAUUUAUUUGCACUUAUUUGGAAGGUGACCUUCGUCGUAUAAAACCUUCAGUUUUUAUUGGUGCUCUUGUGCCACUGGUGCUAGUGCUUGUCUGGAAUGCAGUUGCUGUUGGUCUUGCAGCUGAAGCAAAACAAGUGGUUGAUCCUGUUUCCUUGUUAUACGGGUUGAGAAACAAUGGUGUUUCAAUUAUGGUUGCUGCCUUCUCACUUUUGGCAGUAGGUACAUCACUUAUUGGCACCCUCCUAGCCUUCUCAGAGUUCUUCAAGGAGCAACUUAAAAACGGAACCUUGCAUUUCCCUCCCACAGAAAAGGGAAAUUGGUGGAGCAGGAAUAAAACAAAUGUCACAGCUGUGACUAUGGUAGUUGCUCCCUCUCUGUUUGUCUCAACAGCAUUUCCGGAUGCAUUUUCUGCUGCCACAGAUAUUGCUGGGGGAUAUUGCAUGACAGUGCUCUAUGGAGUUCUUCCACCAGCUAUGGCAUGGGCAAUGCACAAGAGGGAACCUGAGCUUUAUGGUCAAAAGGAAUUUUUAAAUGCAAAUGUAGCACUUCUUUUGGCUGAACUGUUUGCAUGUGGCAUUGUGGUGGAGCAAAUCCUGCAAGAUAUACCAGCACUUCACUCAUAAAUCCCAUUUUUUUCCUGUUAAAACUUCUACCAAGAUUCUCCUUCUCAUGACUGCUUUUGCAAUAGAAUCAUGUCACAUGUGUGCUGAAUUUGAAGACAUGGUGCCAAAGUUUGGGAAUGAAGCAUUUAAAGAAACAUAGAACCUGCUCUUUAAUGAAUUAUAAAAUUUACACAAAAAGAUUGAAGCCUUACUAAAAGAUUUGGUUCUUUCUGCUUCAGUAUGUACAUAAAAUACUCUUUAAUGAAUUA